CAGAAGACCAAACCCCUUUGAAACUCUUCCAAGCUGACAUCGUCGACAGAAAAGCGCCUUUUGUUUACCGUAGAUGUCAGCUACUCUAGAUAACCCUUGUAGCUAAUUUCUGACCUUGCAACCCUACAUGUGACGAUCGAUGGACACCGUAUAUAGUAUACUUAUGCGUCAUUUAAGCACUAGGCACUAGUUCGCCAGCUGGCUGGACCCAAUCAUGCCUCCUAAGAGCAAGGCGGAUGCGCUGGUCCAAAAGUCUCCAGCCGAGUUCUUUGCGGAGAACAAGAACAUCGCUGGUUUUGACAAUCCCGGCAAAUGUCUCUAUACCACGGUUCGCGAGCUGGUGGAGAACGCGCUGGACGCCGCCGAGUCCAUCAGCGAGCUGCCCAUGAUUGAGAUCACCAUUGAGGAGGUGUCCAAGGCGCGUCUGAACCGCAUCCGCGGGGUGGAGCAGCACGGGCGGGUGGACGAGCAGCUGUACCAGGACUUUGAGAGCGAGGAUGCCAAGAAGAAGCGGCUGGCGAAGGAGGCCAAGGACAAGGAGAAGCUGCAGAAGCUGAUUGAGAAGCAUGGCGAGGGUGCAGCGGCGGUGGAGGCCAAGAAGAAGGAGAUAGCGGCUGCGGCCAAGCCGGGGGGCGGCAUGCGGGGCAAUCUCUUCUACCGAGUCACUGUCAAGGACAACGGUGCCGGCAUGCCCCACCGCGACAUCCCCGCUAUGCUGGGCCGCGUGCUGAGCGGCACCAAGUACGGCGUGAAGCAGACGCGCGGCAAGUUCGGUCUGGGCGCCAAGAUGGCGCUCAUCUGGUCCAAGAUGACGACGGGGCUGCCCUUCGAGAUCAGCAGCGCGCGAAAGGGGGCGGCCAGCCGCAGCAGAUACGUGCUGGACAUUGACAUCCACAGGAACGAGCCCAACGUGCAUGUGGAGCAGCAGCUGCCCAACCCGGACGGCUGGCACGGCUCCGUGCUGAGCCUCACCAUCGAGGGAAACUGGCAGUACUACCGCUCCAAGAUCGUGCGCUACCUGCGCCAGAUCGCGGUCAUCACACCCUACGCGCACUUCGCCUUCACCUACCGAGCGGAGGACGAGAAGAACAGCAUGCGCAUCAACUUCAGACGCCGCACCGACGUGAUGCCCCCGCCCCCCCGCACUACCAAGCACCACCCCUCCUCCGUGGACCUGGAGCUGGUGAAGCGGCUCAUCGCGGGCAGCGAGGCAACCACCCUGCGAGCAUUCCUGAGGCGGGAGUUCGACUGCGUCAACCAGGACCUGGCGGAGCGCCUGGUGGGUGAGAUGCAGGCGGGGGUGGAGGGCGACAUGAGCCCCAAGAACCUCACGGACAGGCAGAUCGUGCGGCUGCACCAGCUGUUGCACGAGGUGCGGUUCGAGGACCCGCGGGGCGACCACCUCAGUCCGGCGGGCGAGUACAACCUGCGGCUGGGUGUGAUGAAGGAGCUGGCGCCCGACAUGAUCGCCACACACCAGGGGGACGUGCGCGUGUUCGAGGGGCACGCGUUCAUUGUGGAGGCGGCGGUCAGCGUGGGGGGCAGGGACAUCAAGCCGGGCAUCAACGUGCACCGCUUCGCCAACCGCAUCCCGCUGCUGUUCGAGGGCGGUUCCGACGUCAUCACCAAGACCGCACUCAAGCGCAUCAACUGGAGCGCAUACAAGAUUAACCAGACAUCCGACAAGGUGGGUGUGUUUGUGAGCAUCGUGAGCACCAAGAUCCCCUUCAAGGGCGCCGGCAAGGAGUACAUCGGAGACGAUGUGGAGGAGAUGGUGGCGGCGGUCAAGAGCGCAAUACAGGCCUGCUGCGUACAGCUGAAGGCCAAGAUCGUGAAGCAGCUGGCGGCCAAGGAGCAGAAGCUGCGCAAACGCAACCUCACAAAGUACAUCCCCGACGUGGCCAACGCAAUAUACUCGGUGCUGGAGCGCAUGGCUCAGCGGGAGGAGGGCGCUGGGGGCGGCGGCGGUGGUGGUGGUGGAGAUGAGGGCGGGGCAGGCGGCAGUGCGGGGGGUGCCGUCAAGCGACCGCGGAUUGCGUUUCACGACGAGAAGCAGCUGCUGCCGCUGGUGGCGCGGCGGGAGGUGACGGCGGCGACGCUGCAGGCGCGACUGACGGAGUAUGUGGAGCGGAUUGACACGGACAUGGCGCUGGAGUACCAGGUCCAGCAGGGGCUGGCGGCGGGGGUGGCCAAGGAGCCGCUCUACCUGAUGCCCCUCAGCGCCCGCCACAGCCACGGCCCCGAGUUGCACGCCAACACGUGCGUCGUGAAGCUGCUCACAGACUACACGUGAGGAGCAGGAAGGGGAAAGCGCCCACGAGGGGCGAAGAAAGGA